ACAGUGCUAAGUGCUAACAACAAAACCACUACACUUCAAUGUAAUCCUUCUGUCUCCUAAGUAACACCUUUUAAGUAAUAUUUGAUUCACAAAAAGAAAGAAAAAAAAUGGAGAGAUGAAUGUAAAAAGGAAGCACUUGAUAGUUAAGUCACAAUUUUAAGGAGUGGGAAGACACUACUAAUGCUGUGACAUUAUAACCAUGCCAAAAAAGUUUUUUUCAUCUUGUUUAUACUUUCCCAACAAAGAAACCUAUUAGCAGAAGAAAACAUACCUGAUGUGAAAAGCAUAUAGUGACAAUCCAUUCCGCACAUGAAAAUCAAUGAGCUUGUUUUUGUCAUUUAUUGGUUGGCUCAUGGCCAUUGCUUUUCUGAUGUACAAAUUGGUUAUGAGGUAAGUCUUGCUAUACCAACAUCAUAUAACAGAGGAUUCAUAGGCAGGGCAUUUUUAAUGGAAACUGACAAACAAACGGCACCAAAUUUUAGAGCUGCAAUAAGUGUUGAAGCCAAUAAUGAGAAGUACACAUGUUCACUUGAUGUCUUUCUUGGAGAUGUGAAAGUUUGGAGUUCUGGUCAUUUUUCAAAGUUCUACACAAUAGACAAAUGUGCACUUCAACUAACUCAAUAUGGAGACUUAUUGUUGAAGGGUCAAGAUGAUAAAGUUGGAUGGAAAGCUGGUACUUCUGGACAAGGUGUGAAGAGGCUGCACUUACUUGGGACAGGUAAUUUGGUCUUAGUUGAUGCUUUGAACUUGAUAAAAUGGCAAAGUUUCAAUUUCCCAACUAAUAUUAUGCUUUGGGGCCAAAGACUAAGCUCAAGAACUCGGUUAACUUCUUUCCCUAUCAACUCUAGUUUGUCAUAUUCUUUUGAGAUUCAGUAUGACAAGAUUGCAUUGUACUUGUACUCUGGAAAAUCGAAGUAUUCGUACUGGGAAUAUACACCUUCGGAAGUGGAUGGCCUAAAUAUCACUUAUGUUGAGUUAACUUCCAACGCGUUGGAGAUAUUCAACAACGAAAACCAUAGAAUCGGAAGAAUAAAAUCUGACAAGCCAGAGCCUCUGAGGUUUUUAGCAUUGGGGAAUAACACCGGGAAUUUGGGAUUCUAUUAUUACUCAUCUGACAAAGGAAAGUUUGAAGCUUCAUAUCAAGCACUAAACACUACUUGUGAUCUUCCUUUGGCAUGUAAACCUUAUGGUAUUUGUACAUUUUCAAAACAGUGUUCUUGCAUAAGGCUAAUAAAAAGAGGAGACGGGUUGCUUUCUGAUUGCACGGAAAAUGUAACCGAGGGAUUUUGUGGAAGAAAUGAAUCCCAAAUGCUAGAAUUACAAGGCGUUACGAGUAUAUUAAGAAGCAAUCCUUAUAAGGUCAAUGUCAGCAAAGAAAUAUGCGCGAAUUUGUGCUUGGAUAACUGUACAUGUGUUGCGGCAUUACAUUUUUCAUUUGAGGAUUCUGAGGAUGAUCCCACAAAACCGGGCGAAUGCUAUCUGUAUGGACUAGUGAGAGGAGUUAAACAAAUAGAAAGGGAUGGAAGACUGAGUUAUAUGGUCAAGGUACCAAAGGGAAUUGAUCAAGGUCAUGAUAAGCACUCUCAUUGGAAGAAAUGGAUUCCAAUUGUUGUAGGAGUGGUUGAUGGAGUUGUAUUAUUACUUGUUUUAGGAGGGAUUGGAUACUAUGUAAUACGAAAGAGAAGAAAGUCGUGCGCGGAUACUGGUCACAGCAAUUGAUAUUGUAUAGCUGAAAUUUUGUUUUCAAGAUAACAUUUUCUUCAUGGAUAUAGUAUUGACUGAUUUUCAUGAAAAAACAAGGAUGAAGCUCGAGCUACGGAUACUAAACUUCUAACCAAGAAGUUAAAUUUGACAACUUCAAAUCCAAAGGAAAGGAACUUAAUUUACAGACUUACAAGAAGAUAGAAGUGAAUUGAUGAAAUGCCUAUUGAGCUGAAGUUCCAAGAAAUAGAAGUGUCAGGUAUGCAAUCUUUUCAGGGUUAAAAUAUGUUAUCACUUCACAUGGGAUUUUUUAAUUCCUGAACUAAGAUGUUGAAUUUGUUAAUGUUCCAAGGUUGGAGAAAAAGGCUACAGCAUUCUUGCUCGAAAAAUUGAGCAAGCUUGACUUACAAAAUGCGCGGAGUAACAUUAGCCAAAUGUAUCUAGUAUAAACUAUAUAUAAGUUGAUUUGCUCAAUUGUAAACUAGAUUCUUGCAGUUCUUUUUUAUUUUCCUUAUGUUUCCAACCAAGACAUAAACUUCAGACAUAAGGAGAGAUUCAUGCUCCAUUUAAA